CAUAACUACACGCACAAAAAAUAACCUCUGCAAAUUUGUCGCUUCUUAUUGUAAACUCUUUCUCUCUUUCCUCUUUCCGAAAAAAUUCCAUUAAAUAAAAUUAAGGAAUAAGCACUUGUAAUUUCAGUAAAAUGUCUUUAUUUGCAAGGCAGAUAUUUUUUAAUUUUUCGAGAGAUCGGCAAUGUUUACGAUCUGUCACCUGUAAUUCCUACCUUCAUCGAUACCAAUUAUCGAUAAAGUCUCAAUCGAAUGUGAAAGAAGCUGAAAGCUUAGCGGCCCCUACGAUAGAUCCUUUAAUACAUCCAGACUUCUUUGAAGUUCAUAAACUAUUCACUGUAAAGGACCUGUAUAAUGCGAGGGUACACUAUGGCCACAAGGAUACCUUGUUGAACGAACACAUGGAGACAUUCAUAUUUGGUUCUAGAUUAGGACACUUAAUAAUCGAUUUAGAUCAAACUGCUGAAUUACUCAGACAAGCAUUGAACUUUAUUGCUCAUAUUGCUUUUCGAGGCGGUAUAAUCCUGUUCAUUUCACGAAAUCCCCAGACUACAUACAUAGUGGAUAAAACUGCCAUAGAGUGCAACGAGUUUUCGCAUACGAGAUAUUGGCGGUUGGGUUUAUUUCCUAAUUCAAGGAAUCAGUUUAAGGCCAUGACACGAUUACCUGAUCUGUGCAUCUUUGUCAAUACCCUCGACACAGUCCUGGGUGAACAUCAAGGAGUUAGACAUUCGGCGAAAAUGUCCAUACCCAGCGUCGGUAUAGUCGACACGAAUUGCAAUCCGAAUCUUAUAACAUACCCCAUUCCUGGAAAUGACGACUCUCCAUGCGCCAUAGAACUUUAUUGUUCAUUAUUCAAGGAAGCUAUCCUAAGAGGUAAGAAAGCUCGAAAGUCAAUGAUGAAUUUUAAAGACUCGACAUAAAUCUAGCAAUUAAUUUACGAAACAAAUAUAAUGUAUAUAUACAAAACAGGUCAAAAUAUAUUUCUUUUCUGAAAAUAAGAUAUUAUUGUAAAUAUAAUGUAGUGUCAUAAGAAAUAGGCAUUUAAUAAAAUUACAUAUUGAAAAUAUUAAUAUA